GUGGCUGCAAAUUGCCUAUUCUGACCCCAUUCUGUGAAACCAAUCUCCUUUCUUUCCUUUUCUAAAUCAGCUUUGGAUGUUUUGUAUUUCAUUAAAACCUCAAUUAUUCGGAUAUCAAUAGUGUUCAUUAGAUUCUUGAAAUACCCAUUGAAUGGGAGCAAAGUUCCCAGCUUUUUAAUGCUUUUGCCCCUAAAAUGAUUCUCUAUCACAUGAGCGACCCCUGAGUGACAAAAAAAGACGCUGGAGAUAAGAGUAACUAGUGAACCACCCUUUUUGUUCUCCAAAGAAAUAGAACCACUUGUCCAUAUUAAAGCGUCUUUCAAAGUCCAAAGAGAGUUCAGAUUUGGGUAUUUAAGAGAGAAGCCAAAUUUAAUCGAACUGGUAUCCGGGUUUCUGGAACCGAAUUGGGAUUUGGGUUUCUCGAUAAAAAGUUGUUAAGUGAAUUGCGAUUCAGGUAGAAUUCAUAUUCAGUCAAUUGAAAUGGGAUUUUAGUUUCUUGAAAGAAAAAGCAUGAGAACUCCAUAGCCACAAGCGAAUUGGGUUUCGGGUUUUUGAGAUAAAAAGCUUCGAAAUUUUAUAUUAGGAUCUUAUCUGUUGAGGGGAUGACAGGUGGGUGUAGUAUCGUAUGGUUUAGGAGAGAUCUGAGGGUAGAAGAUAACCCUGCUUUAGCUGCUGGUGUAAGAUCAGGUAAAGUGAUACCAGUGUUCAUAUGGGCACCCGAAGAAGAAGGUCAUUAUUACCCAGGAAGGGUAUCAAGAUGGUGGCUUAAACAGAGUUUAUCUUUGCUUGAUUCAUCUUUGAAGAAUCUUGGAACUUCUCUUAUCACAAAACGAUCUUCCGAUAGUGUUUCUUCUCUUCUUGAUGUCAUUAAAUCCACUGGUGCUACACAGCUCUUUUUUAACCACUUAUAUGAUCCAUUAUCUCUGGUUAGGGAUCAUAGAGCGAAGGAGAUUUUGAGUGAAAAUGGGAUUAUAGUGCGUUCAUUUAAUGCGGAUUUGUUAUAUGAACCAUGGGAAGUUCUUGAUGAUGAAGGUCGACCUUUUACUACAUUUGCAGCGUUUUGGGAAAGGUGUCUUAGCAUGCCUUAUGAUCCUGAGCCUCCUCAGCUUCCACCUAAAAGAAUAAUCUCAGGUGACGUGUCUAAAUGCCCUUCAGACACGUUAGUUUUCGAAAACGAAUCAGAGAAAGGAAGCAAUGCACUUCUAUCUCGAGCAUGGACGCCGGGGUGGAGCAAUGGAAACAAAGCCCUAACAGCUUUCAUCAACGGGCCAUUACUACAUUACUCCAUUAACCGGAGGAAAGCCGAUAGCGCCACCACUUCCUUCCUUUCCCCCCACCUCCAUUUCGGUGAAGUUAGCGUCAGAAAAGUCUUCCACCAAGCUCGAAUCAAACAAAUCCUCUGGGCAAACGAAGGUAACAAAUCCGGUGAAGAAAGCGUUAAUCUGUUCCUCAAAUCAAUCGGUCUUCGUGAAUACUCAAGGUACAUGAGCUUUAACCAUCCCUACAGUCACGAAAGACCGCUUUUAGGGCAUUUGAAGUUUUUCCCUUGGGUGAUUGAUGAAGGGUAUUUUAAGGUAUGGAGACAAGGUAGAACAGGGUACCCUUUGGUUGAUGCGGGGAUGCGAGAACUUUGGGCUACUGGUUGGCUUCAUGAUCGAAUUAGGGUUGUGGUUUCGAGUUUUUUUGUCAAGGUUUUACAGCUUCCAUGGAGAUGGGGGAUGAAAUAUUUCUGGGAUACUUUGUUAGAUGCAGAUCUUGAAAGUGAUGCUCUCGGCUGGCAAUAUAUCUCCGGUAGUCUACCUGAUAGUCAUGAGCUUGAACGCAUCGACAAUCCCCAGAUCGAGGGGUAUAAAUUUGACCCAAAUGGUGAAUACGUAAGAAGAUGGCUGCCGGAGCUUUCUAGACUACCGACUGAAUGGAUCCACCACCCAUGGAACGCACCGGAAUUCGUGCUUCAAGCUGCCGGAAUUGAGCUCGGAUCCAAUUACCCUCUUCCGAUUGUGAAAAUCGAUACAGCACAAACUCGAUUACAACAAGCACUUACACAAAUGUGGCAACACGAAGCCAAUUCCAGAGCUGUUCUUGAAAACGGAAUCGAAGAAGGACUAGGUGAUUCCACCGAUGAUACUCCGAUUGCUUUCCCACAAGACAUGCAAAUGGAAACGGAACAGGAUAACCUCGGGAACCGUGUAACAACCACAAUCCGCCAUUACGAAGAUCAAAUGGUACCUAGUUUGACUGUGACUACAUCUUUGUUUAGAGGAACAGAACAAGAAGAAGAAGAGGAGGAAGAAUCGUCCACAGAUCAUAGAAACGGCGGACACGAUGAUAGGAGAGCUGAAGUUCCCGAUGAUGAUGAUAUGAAUCUGGAAUCGGGAAGAGAAGGAAUUCAAUCGGUGAUUCCACAGUUUAAUAACCAGAUAGAUCUAAGGAACAUUAAUGGAGGUGGUGGUGGUUCACAUUCACCGGCGGAAUCUUCAAGUGGGACAAGUUUUAGGCGGGAAAGAGAUGGAGUUAUGGUGCCUGUGUGGUCGCCUGGAAAUUCAGAUACUUCUUCUUAUUUGCAGAGGCAUCCACAGUCGCAUCAAGUAAUCAACUGGAGACAACUUUCUCAAACCGGGUAAUCUGAGAAGUUAGGAGCUGAAAGAUGUGGAAAGAUAGUUUUUCCAUUUAUGAUUCAUGUGCUGUUUAUAUCUAUGACUAUAAAGAAAAAAAGUGUUUUAGACAUAAGAAUUCUGGAGUGCUUUAGAAACCCAGAUUUUUUUUUUUUUUUUUUAAUAUUAUAUUCAUGGAAUUGUUGUUGUACUGUAGCGUACAAUCUAUCAAUGCAAUGUGUGGGGGUGAUUGAUCA